AUGGAUGUUGAACCUAGUUUUGUUUCGAAUAGAUCUGAAGAAUAUGAAGUAGAAGAAGAAGAAAGUUUUGUAAGUCAGUUUUGUAGGAUGAAUGAAGAAUUUGAAAAAUUGGUUUGGGGAUUGAAAAGAGGAAUCGGAUCUUUAUUAAUGAAUCGGAAAUCUAAACGUGAAAGGUUUGGAAAACAACAAGAAGAUGAUGAUGAAGAGGAUGGGUUGGGAUUUGAUAAUGGUAAUGGAAAAGGAAGAGAGGAUGAUGAUGAUGAUGAAGGGUUUGUGGAGGAACAAGAUGGGUUGGAUUGUUUGAUGUAUUUGGAGUGUAGACUUGAUGAAUGGAUUCCAUGAAGAAGGAUGAUGAUCAAUUGAGAAAAGUUGAUGAGUGGUGUCUGAGAUAUGGUAAACGUGAAGUUAUUUUUUUUAAUAAUGAUUGGAUUUGGAUGUACAUGAUUAUUUUUUAUUGGAUGAUGAGAUUGAUGGGUUUGUAAAUGAUAAUGAUAAGUUUUUUUUGUUGAAAAGUUUGAGUGAAUGGAAGAAAGGUAUGAUUGUAUGUAGUGUUCAUGACCAGAAUGAAGAUACCUGAAGGCUGAAAUGGGGUUUUUUAAUGAUCACAGGCUAUAGGCUAUAGAUUGUGAAUUUGAAAUUAAUAUGAAGUUGUAAGAUAUGUUUUUAAAGUCAAGGUAUUUUGGUUCAUCAAUUUUUACAAGAAGAUCAACAUGAAUACAAUUAUCAUAUUAGAGGUAUUG